CGGCGGUGCCAUGGGGGACGAGGUGCAGCUCCCCUCGGGCAGCCCGGCCCUGCAGAAGCCGCCUUACACCUACGCGGCUCUCAUCGCCAUGGCCAUCCGGGCCAGCCCCGAGCAGCGCCUGCCGCUCAGCGGCAUCUACAGCUACGUCUCGGGCCGCUUUCCCUAUUACCGCCGCGGCCCUAAGGGCUGGCAGAACGGCAUCCGCCACAACCUCAGCAUCAACCCCUGCUUCCUCCGCCUGCCCCGCCGCUCCGGCGCCCCGCACCGCGGCGGCGAAUGGGCUCUGGAUCCUGCUUUCCAGGACGCGUUCCCGGGGGGCGAUCGCCGCCGCCGCCGCCGUUCGAUCCAACCUUCGCCGCCGCUCCCCUGCUGUCCGUGCGCUGCCCGCUCCGCUCUGCCCCGCGGCUGCCGCUGCUCCGAGCCACCCGCCUGGAGCCCGCCCUGCCGCUCCGGUGCCCGACAAGCGCUGCUCACCUGGAGCCCGUCCUGCUUCCCGGGCUGCCAACGAGGGCCGCCCGCCUGGAGCACGCCCUGCUGCCCGCCCUGCUGCCCGGAGUCCCCGCAAGCGCUGCCCGCCUGGAUCCCGGGGCCGAGCCCAGCGCUGCCCGCCGGUAGCUCGGCUUCGUCCCCGCUGCAGCCCGCCUGGCCGCUGUCCGGCGUCGCCUCUGCUGCUGUCCAAUGCCCUCCCGAGCCGGGCUCCCACCGCCCUCUGGCUGCCAGCAGGGCCCCGGUGCUGCCCUGAGGCUUCCAGGUUCCGUCCUGCCCAUUUUCGUGGUGAUGCGACUUAUAGAGGCCCCAUCCGUCAGAAGAUUGGUCUGGAAGAUCCUUGUUGGUUGAGCAGAGCCCCGUUGCGUUGCAGUGGCUGAGAUGUGCUGCCGUGUUUCACGGAGCUGUCUGUGAGAUAUCUGCACUACAGCCAUUUGUCAGUUCAGAUUUAUUGGUGUUUGAGCCUUAGGACCACCCUAAAGGGGGCUGCAGAGCUUUGGCAGGCUCACCUGUGUGUUGUCUUCUUGAA